GUUGGGGCCUUUGGGGGGACCGGGGAGAGAGGGGGAAGGCCACGAGGAGGCGACGGGAGGAGAGGGGAGACGCCGAGAGAGCUGGAGAUUCCGGCGGCGACCCAAAGAGGACGAAGCGGAGCUCGCACCCACCAUGGAGUCCGACCUCUGGAUCUCGCGCCUCAUGGCCGCAAAGCGCCAGUACGCGCUGCAGCGCGCGCAGCAUCAGCAGGCCACCACCGCGUCGCACCAGGAUCGGUUUGGCUAUGAUGAUAUUGAACCAGAGGACGAGGUGCGCCCGGACUUCCCGUGCCCUUACUGCUAUGAAGAUCACGAUAUUACAUCGCUUUGUGCCCAUCUGGAGGAUGAUCACCCUUUUGAGUCUAAAGUUGUUGCUUGCCCAGUUUGCUCGGCUAGGGUUUCUAAGGAGCUGUUGGAUCAUAUAACUCUUCAGCAUGGCUACCUGUUUAAAUUGCAGAGACAUCACAGAUUACGUAGAGUUGCUAUACCUAGCAACCAUGCUCUUUCCCUUGCAGGGAGAGAUCUGCAGGAGACCUACUUAAAGGUUCUUCUUGGAAAUAGUAAUCGAAGCAGUGGUACCAAUACAUCAAGUUCAGUCACUGAUUCACUACUAUCUUCACUUGUUAUAAAUUUAUCUUCGCCAGAAGGAGAAGAUACAACAAAAUCUUCUGCUUCUGCUGUGGUGGAAAAUAGUUGGCUUAGAAGAUCAAUACCUUCAAAAACCCUGAAGACAAGUCCUGAAUCCAACCUUAGCCAUGAGGAGAGGGAGCGAAGGAGAAGGCGAGCUGCAGUGAAAGCAUCUUUUGUACAGCAUCUCCUGGUCUCCACCCUUUUCGAUGACUAGGAGAACAAUGCAGCUCGAUUCACUGCAACCAAGUGGGCCUUUUGCCCACUUAUUUAUGUGGAUGAAUUAUGGAAUAUCGUCUUGAUCCAGAAGUAGUUCAUCCAACUGAGGCUGGUACCCUGCCCCAGCAACCUCAGUGAUAAACUGAAAACGGCGGCAUGGCCUCUUGCAUGUCAAGGAAGCAGUUCUCAAAAAUAUUAUUUUCCUGCUCAAGUUCAGAUUACUAGAUAAUGGAUUGGUGUUCCUGUUAGUUACCAUGAAGUUUUCCCCAUAUUGGUUUCAAUUUGUGCUAAAGAAUGCAAUGUACUUGACAGAAUGUACUUAUGAACAUUUGACGGUUAUCUUUCAAUUAUUAGUUAAGUAACAUGUUCUGUUA